AUGUUUAAUGCAUUAGAAAAAGUGGCACCCGCAAGUAGUACGACGGCGAGCACUGAGGAUGACACCACUACAGAGACAGAAGAAUCUAUAACUACCACCACCACCACAACAACAACAAUAACAACUUCCACCACAACAACUGACGAAGAAACAACGACAGAAGUAUUUACAGUUGCAGCAAACUCAGAUGCUACAGAAAUAACAACAGCAGAGCAAUCAAUCACUACAGUUUCCUCAGACGUUGACACGACGACUAAAGAUGGCGCCACAGUACAAAAUAUAGAAAGCUCAUCGAGUGAAAGUUCCACCACAGAGGUUAUGUCCACUACAGACGAUGAUGAUUCAUCGGAUAGUACGAUGGAUGCCACCACUGACGUAACUUCUCCGAUAGAGAGCAGCACCGCUGACGUCACGACAGUUGUGAAUACGUCAGUGGAGGCAAAAACAAAUGAUUCCCAACAAAAUUCAAUACAGCCAGAGGAUGAUAACAGUAAGUCUGGCACCACCAUAGUCAUUAUUGUCAUAGCAGUGGUGAUCUGUACGUCAGCUGUCAUAGGAAUCAGUGUCAUAGUGUACAAAACAGUUAUAAAAGUGCAGGUGGAUAAUAUAGAAUACGACCCAGAAGAAUACAGUGGCAUUAAAACAAACCCAUUUGACGAAAAUGGGAUGAUUUUGUGGUACGAAAGUGCACAAGUAGCCCCAUUAAUGAGUGAACUUACCAUCAUCAAAACUCCAUUAGAGACUGCUACAGUGCCUGAAAACCCAGUUCAGAAUAAAACGAAAGUCAAUAAAAGAACUCAGAAAAAGCCAAAACGAAGAAAGCCAAGAAAAAAGAUCAUUUCUAUAUAUCAUUGACCAUUUUUAUG